AUGACCUUCAACAUUCGACAAAGAAUUCUGAUAUCGGAGUCAACAUUCAACUUUCAGCGAUUUAAAUCGCUGAAUUGUAGUCAGGACUAUCGCUUGAUCCUAGAAGAUUUCAAACAAAUAUUUCCAUUAGCAGCAUCACCGUCUUUAUUCCACAACCGGCUAGAUCAUUUGUCGGAAUGUAUAUUGAAAAUUGGUGUGGAUAAAGCCAAAAAUUUAACUGCAAAAAAGGAGAAAAAGUUGUAUGUAGAAAUAUUGGAAAAAUUACAAGGAAAUUUAUUGGCAACAAGUCAAAUCAUUAGUGACAAAGAAAGAAAAGAUUUGCUGCUACUUCUAUUUCCUUUAAUUUGCUCACAUCGAGGGAACGUGAUUAACCAGGCAAACAAAAGAAGACUAAGCAAAGCUUUCUAUGAAGAAAUCAGAAGCGCCUUUGCAAGAUUUGUCCCUAGAGAGGCAGAUAUACAAGAGACCCUAGCUUUGCUUAGGGAGACAGCAGUCAAAUACGGUAAGACAAUUCAACCCAUUGUUAUAUACACAGGUACAGAGACCAAUGUGCAAAGUGAUUGGUUGGUAAUAGAUCAAAUUUUAUACAAAUUUUCGUCUUUAUGUAAAGCCGUUGAUUGUACCGUGAAAGUUUACUUUGCUUUAGAUGCAUGUAAUCCUCCUCCAGCUAAAACAGUAUGGGGGGGGGGGGUAUUAUCAAAAGUACUUUUUAACCUUGGAGAACUAAUCGGAAGCGCGAGUCAGUUUGUGAUUGAAUUUCAAACAAGGUUGCCAAAAGUUGUAUCUGAAACUCAUACUUCUGCAACUCCUUCUAAUUCUACAUCUCCAGUUCUUCCUCAUAAUUUUAUGGGUGGUGAUAGUUGUCGAGAUUUGGCCAGGAAAGAUAGGGACAGUCAUAAUAACAUAGUUUUGUAA